AUGUUCUGCUUUUUGCACUUACCGUACCACGCGAAUAGUACGGUAAAUAUUCGAAAAUCCAAUUCGACUCAAAUAAUCAGAAGAAGGUGAGGGUUUUUUUGAGGAAAAUGGGCGGAGCUUGGAAUGAAAGUAGAUUUUUUUGCAGAUUAUUCGAGUUUUAUGAAAUGGGGCCAAAUAAUGCAGGUAGGUUUUUUCGUAGAAAAAUUGAAAAAAAAAGAGAAAUUCAAUUUCCAAACUUCUAAUCGCUAAUAUUUUUCAAUAGAAUACAAAUUCAAUUUUCAGAUUUGCCAAGUUCUUUUCGACGACUUUUGUUUCGACGGAGCCACAGUGAACCAAUUAAAAGAUCGAUUUCUGAAGAAAAUGAGCCAGCCAGCAGUAGGACGUGAGUUUUCAAAGAAGGUCCAGGAAAAACCGAAUUUACGGACCACAUAUAUUUUUCACGAAGAAACAAGGGUUACUUGAAAAAUUAUGUGAUUCAAAUAAUUGUGAAACUGUUUUCUCGAGCUCUAGAAAACUACUCUUUCUUUAAUUAUUCGAUUUACUAAUUAGAAAAUUAAUUAAUUAAUUAAUAUUAAAAUUCCAGUGAUCCUGAAUGGUCGAUGACAAUUGAUUCAAUAUCUCUUCAAUCUUCCUAUCUCGAAUAUCAAAAACGUCGAAAAAAUCGACUUCGAAAACAGGAAAAUCAAAAAUCGGUGAACACUACAACGGUAACUUUUUGUUUUUUAUAUUUUUCAUAUUUUUUUGUCCACUAAUUGUAAGGAAAACCCAAAACAAAAGUAAAUAAAUAUCAUGAAUUAGUGAAAAGGUUUCUAUGGUGACCGAAAUGAGCAGAAGAGGAAAAGGUAUCAUUUUUUCUGGUCCUCUUUUUUUUGGUUGGGCUUGGGAAAUAUUUUUGUUUUAUUUGAAAUAGAGAUGGAAAUUGUAAAGUUUUUAUAGAGAAUUUGAAAACUUUUUGGAUUUUUUUUUUCGCUGAUUGAAAAGAAAACUUUUUUUGGAAUUUUUUUUCUUGUAAGGCUUUGUGGAAAAAAAUCCUAAAAAGUUGAGAAAUGCCAAAAUGAAUCAGAUUUCGACCUAAAAAAUCACCUGGCAACACAAAAUCUAAAAAUGUUGUUGUAAUUUAAUUUUCUCGCUGUUCUGAUUUUUCAGGUGUCCCCAAUUUUUUUAGAAUUUAUAUUUCUUGAAAGCAUAUUCAUUUCAAAACUAAAAUUUAAAAUUUUCAAGCUUCUUAAAUUUUGAAAAAAAAUCUGGAAUCCACGUGGAGUUUUUGUUAACUUUUCCAGAAAUAUUAGGAUCAACUUUUAUUCAAAAAAAGUUCAAACUCCUAGAUAAACUCUGAAAAAUAUUCUGACGUCAACUUUUUUUCUCUCAAAUUCCGGUCAAAGUUUAUCGCAGUCUAUAUGAGCUCAUUCCUUAAAUGUGCAAAAUUCCUCACAUUUUUUUUGCAAAUUCAUAUUCAUUAUCUGUUCGUCGAAUCAAAAGAAGCCACAUUUCCAUAACACAAAAAAUAACUACUAAUCUUCCUCCGGAAAUAUCUCUCUUCUGCACAUAUUUUUCCGGUUCCAAAUUUUCCAAUCAAAAAAAAAACAUCGCAAAAUAUAUUCCAUCACAGAGAGAAAAAAUCGACAAAAAUCACGUCAUCCAAUCAGCGAUUGUGGGCGGGGUUUCAAGAAAUGGGUCACGUGAAUACUGACGCGUUUGUUGUUUUUGCUGACGCUUUUUUUUAUUUUUCGAAAUUUUUUUGAAUUUUCAGUUUUUUACAGUUUUUCAGCGAGGGAAGACAAAUUUCCACAAUAUUUUUUAUGCAGAUUGUUAGGAAUCUACUAAGGAUCAUUUACAUAUGUAGAUUUUCAUAUUUUGUGAAAAACUCACAAAGUUAUAAGAAAAAACAUGUUCAUUAGGUCAACUUUUGCUUUGUUUGAAAUCUUUUCAACUUCGAAACUUAUUUCGCGAUUUAUUUUCUCAUGAAAUCGUAUUAUAUAAGUGAUAUUCCAGCAAAUCGGAACGGAUUUUCCCCAAUUUACGAAGGAAUGCGACGUGGAUGUGGCGAACAGUUGAAAACGACAAGAUGAACGGAUUUUUGGUCAAAUUUGUGAAAAUGUAGAACUUUUAAAGUUUUCUUUUCGACAUGUUGAUGGAAGCCAGUUUUUUGAUGCUUCUAGUCUUCAAUUUGACACAAAAUUCGGAAUUUUUUCAUGUUAGAAAUAUUUUGAAUAAAAAUUUAUUGAAAAUGAAACCAAGUUUCCCAUAUAACUUAUCAAAAAUGGAAUAAUUAGCACCAUAUCAACUACACAAUGCAAAACCGUUGAAUUUUGACAAAUUAUCGGUGAAAAUUCUUAUUUUUUCCGCUUUUUUCGAAAUAUCAGUUUGUGGGUUUUUUGUUGCAAAAACUGCCUCAAUAUCGACUCCAAAUCAUCAAAUCAGUUUAUUCGUUACUUUUGAAUGCUUUCUGAUGGAUUAUGACAAGGAUUUGUACCCAAAAUACUGGAAAAACAGCAAUUAUUGAGAACUUUUGAACAAAAAUCGUUAAAACUUUCGGUACAUAGCGAAACUAAAAAUUAUAAAGCUGUAGGAACAAUUAUCUAUACGAGUUCUAAAAACUGUAUAAAAAAUUUUAGCGAAAAAUCGUGAUUUUCAAGGAAAAACAACAAAAAAUAGGCCAGGCGACCAAAAAAAGAAAAUAAAAUAAAUUUUGAAAAUGAAAAAAAUGAAAUGGGCGUGGCUUAUUCACGUGAGCCAAUCAGAAACGUAGACAGGAAUUUAAUGAAAUGCUGUCGAUUUUUUCUCUCUGUGUUCCAUAAAUAAUAAAUAGUCUCGUCUUCUCUUACUUUUUCUUCGAGCAAGAAAUAAAAUCAAACUUUUAUUUGCAGAGCUCAAAUUCGGAUUUGAUGAAGAUAAAUGAAAUGAAUCAACUGGAUUUGAAAUUUGAAUCUGAUUCGUGAGUUUGGAACUUUUUUCGAAAAUUGAAAAAUAAUCAAAUAUUUUCUAGAAGUACUUCAAAUGAAUUAUCAUCGAGUAUGGCAAAAGAAAUAAGCUAUGAAGAUGAAAUUCGGAAUUUUGUGGAAAAUGUGAUUUUGGAGCCAAUUUCGAAUAUUUUUGCCGAUCCUUUUGAGUCAGAUGAGAAAAAAUCGAGAACUGAACAAUGGGUUGAAGCGGUUUCGCCCAACAAAAUUCUGUCAGAUGAGACGGAGAAUUUGGAUCUGAUGAAUAAAAAAAUGAAACUCGAAAAGCAGGUGAAUCUUUGAGAAUGAAAUGAUAAUUAUUUAGGAGAAAAAUUGGGUCACGUAUACCCCCAAUAUUUUUUUCAUUUUUCAUUUUCUAGAAAACCGUGGACUCCUUAAUUUCAUCUACUGUCUCUCAAAGUUCAUUGAUCAAAUCGUCUUUCAAACAAAACUUGCAAGAAGCUGUCGAAACUCAAAGUCAAAUUGAUGUAAAUGAGGUCGAUAAAUUUUGGGAUUAUUUAUACGACAAGAAUCUUGAUUCCAUCUCCCCUAAUUCGAAAAAAGUUCAAGAGGAAAUUGAAGAAAGGUUUGAUUUUACAACUUAAUUUGAGAAGAAAAACUUUUCAAUUUUCAAGGUCUCAAUCAAAUCUGGCUGAUAUUCAUAUGGAAAUUGCAAAUAGUUCACUAUCAGUAAGUUUUCUUCAUCAUUUUUGCACUGGAAGAACGAAAAAUGUUGCAGAACAUGACGGAGAAAAACCGGGAAAUUGAAGAAAUCGAAGAGCGACCGGAAGACUAUUUUAUGGUUCAACAAAUUGCGAAAACUCGAAAUAUCUCGUCGCAAACAUCAUUUUACUCUGCCAAGAAUCAAAAUCGAAAUAGAUUUUAUACUUCGCAUGUUUUUGCAAAUCAAAUGUUCAAUAGUUUGAAAAUAUUAUUGAUUGAAAGAGAUCGAGCGAAAAUUGGAUUGGAUCGACUACCGAAUCGAAUAUUGCAAGAAUUGAGCGAAAAGGCGAAUUAUUCGCAAGCGGUAAGAAUUGGGAUCGCAAUCCUAAAGAUAACUGGGAGUUUUUGAAUUAGACUCGAUUUUGUUUGACUUUUUUCAAAACUUUUCAUAAUUUCAUAACAGUGAUGCAAAAAGAAGCACAUAUAAUAACAUAGUAUCAAUGACGAAGUGAGAAUACUCGUGACUUGAUAGAAAUUUGCAUAUUUGUGCAAAUUUUGAAUCUAUAACGGGAAUGUAACUUUCGAUUCUUGAUGUCAUUUUUUAAAGAUUGGAAAUCGCAAAAUUUCGAAUAGGAAACGGGAAAUGGGUGCUAAAAAACAUACAUUAUAAUUCAAAAGUUCUUUCAGAGAUAUCGAUUCACUAUGGAGCAAAAUAAGGAACGAUUGGAUCGACGGAUCGAUGAAGUCUGUUUUCAAAAAACUUCAUUUUUGAAAUGAAAAAUAUAUUUUUCAGAUUUGGAGAAAACUUCGAAAAGAGUCAAUCGACGAUCCGGAAAUACGUGAUUUUAUAAAUGUGUCAAGUAGCGAGCAAUUAACUAUGAAUGCCACAAGAAAUUUGCCACUGUGA